CAAUUUCAUUUCAACAAAUGUGACGAAAUCUCCUUUUAUUUUCGAAUUUUUAUUUAUGCUGUUACUCUUCAAAUAACUGUGAAUACAAGAUGAAUAUGAAGUUGUUCACAAGUUUGUUGUGUCUUCUUGUGGUUUUCCACUGUUCAUACGCGCCGCCGGUGCAUCCGGACUCCGACAAGGACAACGACAGUGAAAUUAAAGAAGAGCUCAAAGGCACUGUUCAUUUGAACGGCACGGAAUAUAAUCCGGAAGACAUAAUGGAAUACCAUAGGUAUCUGCAAGAAGUCGUUCAAGCGCUUGAAAGCGAUCCUGACUUCAGGGAGCGGUUAGAAAAAGCGAAUGAGGAUGACGUCCGUUCAGGUAAAAUCGCUGAACAGUUGGACUUCGUGAAUCACAAUGUAAGGACAAAGCUUGAUGAAAUCAAGCGUCGUGAAUUGGAGCGUCUGCGCCACCUCGCUACUAGGCAAUACGAAAUUAACAACAAUUUGGACGUGCAUGGCAAAGUUUCGACAAACGAACAUCUUGAUCAUGCCAAUCCUCACACAUUUGAGAUUGAAGACCUUAAGAAGCUUAUCCUGAAGACCACGAAAGACCUGGAGGCGGCCGACCAGCAGAGAAAACGAGAGUUCAAGGAGUACGAAAUGCAAAAGGAGUUUGAAAAACAACAGAAAAUAGAACACUUAGACGAGCAGCAGAAAAAAGAAUUUGAAGAGAAGCUAAAGCAGGAAGAAGAAGCUAAGAAACACCACAAACCAGUAAAUCUACACCACCCUGUGAAGAGAGACCAUUUGUUAGAAACAUGGAAAAACUCUGACAAAAUGGAACCAAAAGAUUUCGACCCAAAGGUGUUUUUCAUGCUGCAUGACGUCGACGGCAACGGUGUGUGGGAUGCAAACGAAGUGAAGGCUCUCUUCAUAAAGGAAUUGGACAAGUUGUACGGUCCAGGAGGCCCGAAUAAAGACAUGCAUGAACGCGCUGAAGAGAUGGAACGGAUGCGAGAGCAUGUGUUUCAAGAAAAUGACAAGAACCGAGAUGGUCUCAUCGAUUUCCAAGAGUUCAUGUUGGAGGCAAAGAAAUCGUCCUUCAAUCAAGACGAAGGUUGGAAGUCUAUCGACGAAAAUGAGAUUUACACUAAAGAUGAAUAUCAACAAUUCGAGAAGGAGCGGCUCGAGGAAAUAAAAUAUCUGCAGCAGCGAGGAUUGUUGGAUGCUAAUGGCCAUCCAAUUCCCGGCGCUGAGCAUCAGAUAAAUCAAGCCAUCCACGAAAAGCGCAUGUUCGAUCAUCAACAGAAAUUGCAACAACAAUAUUACCAACAGCGACAUCCUGGACAGCAUCCACCAGGACAAGUACCUCAGUACCAACAAGUUCCACAAGUAUAUCAAGGACAGCAACAGUACCAGCAGCAUCCAGGACAGUUCCAAGCACCGCAUCAAGGUCAAUUCCAGGGACAGCAAGGACAAUUCCAACCACCUCCACAGCAAUAUCCAGGACAAGGUCAACAGCAACAACAGCAGUAUCAAGGCCAGCAACAACAGUAUCAAGGCCAACAACCCCAGCAACAUCACUAUCAAGGUCAACAGGCGUCGCACCAGCAGUAUCAAGGACAACCACCGCAGCAGCAGCAAUAUCAAGGUCAACCGCAGCAACAGCAGCAGUAUCAAGGCCAACAACAGCAACAACAGUACCAAGGUCAACAACAACAAUUCCAACAACCACCGCAAGGCCAAGCGGCUCCGAAAACAGGUCAAAACUUAAAUCAGCUGCCGCCUGUCAACGCUCAACCUUCUCAAGGUCAAGACCAAGCAAAGCCGCCUCAAGGUCAACCACCUCAAGGUCAACCACCUCAAGGUCAACCACCACAAGGCCAACUACCUCAAGGCCAACCACCUCAAGGCCAACCACCUCAAGGCCAACCUGAUCAAGCGUCAUUGCGACAGCAAACCUCCAACCAACCUCAAGCACAAAAACCACCCGCCUAAAUUAGAUUGUACUAGAACAAUCUAGACUAUUUAUUAUCCAUUUUUCGAUUCUAUUUUUUGUAACGUUCACAAAGGGUGCCAAAUUAAAUAUCACGCUUUUAUAAUCUGAUUUAUCUUAUUCUCUUGGUAAAAUUAUGUAGCAAUUUAAUUGUAAUUCGAUGGAGAUUUAUCAAAGUAAAUAAAGUUUUAAUACACC